UGCGUCCAAUAACCAACCAAAAAAAAAAAAGACGUCACAUGAUCCCAUUUUUUCCGUUCUUGCAUGGGAUUGCUAUGCAUUUAUCCAAGCUCGCCGAACCAGCACAGAGUCGACAAACCAUGGCAUCCGUCUCAGCUAAUACCAAACCCGAGCUAUGUCGCAUAUGGUUGCAAACGUCAAUUAAAAUGAUUAUUAGAUAUCCUAUUGUGAAACUUUUUCAGCCGUUUGGAAAGAUCACAUUUCUCGAGCUCAUGAUCCACCGAACGGGGCCGAAGAAGGGUCAGUCCAGAGGAUUCUGUUUCUUGGAAUUCGCGAAGAAAGAGGAUGCGUUAAGAGCGUCGGCCAAACUUCAUGGUCACGUUGUCAAGGGACGGCCACUGGUUGUGUCGUUUGCUCAUCACACCGCCGAACAAGACGAGCAAAGAGGACCAGGUUCUGCCACCACAGCCCAUCGACCGAAUGCAUUCUCGAUUUUACGGACCCAGAAAAUGGCCAAUGCAAGUACGGAUGCCAAAAUUCAGGCCAUUGAACGUAAACUAGCGUUACUACAAAAAUCACCAUCGUCGCCAUCGUCACCUUCGUCUUACUCGGCCAAACCUUCUUCAUCCAGUCAAUUUUCCAUCCGUUCCACACUGUCCACUGAAGCCAAUACCGCCAAUAAGCCAAAAGAUCCACCCGUUACCAAGCAUCGUUAUAAACCUUAUUAAUUUCAUCUCUUAUUCCCGGCAUUUCUCUUUUUGAGACAUCACUUAUUUUAGCAAGAUUAGAACGUUUUCUUUUUUGUGUCCAACCACUUUUUUUUUCUUUUGCUGCGACGUGGUGGGAGUUGGCCGCGUCAGAAUUUUUUUUUUUUUUUUUUUUUGACUUCCGUAGCUUGGCUUUUUUAAACUUUUGCCGUCAAACUUUAUUCGUUCCGCUCGUUGCACAGAUACUGCGGCGUCUUU